AUGUGGUUCUUUCGCGUCCUGUCCUCGGCCAUCUUCCUCCUCUCGAUCAUCCUCUCCAUACCUAUAGCUUUCGAUGUCGGGGGGCGGGAGUGUGGGCUGGCCUUCUCGGUCAGCCUCUUCUGGAUGUACAUCUUCUACUCGGGGAUCAAGCUAGCUACGCCUGACGGCUCAAGAAUACGAUGGGCAGUGGUACAAUUGUUUGCGAUGGCACAAUGGGUGUUGUUACCGGGGCUGUUGAUCUGGAGCAUGAACCGGUUUGCGGUUGAUGCCAAUAACAGCGGGGACUGGGUUGCCAGAACUUUCGACGGGAAGAGAGCCCAGAACUUGGGUGUCAAGGAGUGGAUCUUUGGCUCGGGAGGUCUGCUCGAGAUGCUGACUGUGGGCUCUUGGGACAAGUUACUGCGAUACUCGACACCAUUCUUCCAGCUGGCUGAGGGGUUCUGUAGCUUGCUAGUUAUACAGGCUGCUGGGCAAAUCACCAGAUGGUUUGUGAACAGGGGACGUAGUGAUGCUUGGAUGAUCGGGCUACUCAUCCUGUCGGCCUCGAUCAUAUCCAGCUCCGUCUAUUUCCUCUGGCGGAUCACGACCUUCCCAGAGGUGGGCAAUGUGGAUGCCACUCUGAUAGGGGUCACUAUAACCUGUGCGGUCUUCCUGUGUGCGUGGGGAAUCGGGAGUGGAAGAGGAAACCCAGUAGAGAGCUCACUACUCUUUGCAUAUGUGGUUCUAUGCAUAUACCAGAUCUUCACCGAUUACCUACCGACGACAGCGACAGAAACCCCGCCACACCCCCAACAGCCCGAGUUUCCGCCUUUCCCUCCGAUCAUCAUGGCUUCAUAUUCAACCAUGAUGUAUGUACUGUCGACUCUGCCUUCAGCUGUACAUUCGGGGUUUACAUUUCUCUACGCCGCCUUCCAGACCAUAACCCCGUCUGUGAUUAUCUCGCUAGCGUACCGAAUCUUCGUCUUCUAUGCAGCUACGCGAAUCAUCCCUGCUGUCCGGGAGUCUGGGGCUCGAGCUCUCUCCCAGGAGCCUAGCCUUGAAGACAGUGAUGGGGCCGGCAAGAUCCUUGGCUUCCUCAGCUGGUUCAGUCCUUCGAUUCUGAUCGCAGUGUACACGAACCUAUUGAUGCAGCACUUCUCUACCACGUCGGCCGAAGGAAACGGAACUGAGUGGUGGACCACGCAAGGGGGAGAUACCGGAGGGAACAUCUGGCGGUGGAUAAAUGUCGCAGCCACGAUGGCACUAUAUGCAUUGGAGCUGUACCUGGGGAAAGAAGAUGUAGACGGCUCCCUCACCGGGCAUUGGAAGACCGAUUAA